AUGGCAGUGCCCGGCAUCACUCAACUUCCAUGUGAGAUCAUCAACACGGUGCUUCGGCACUUGGGAAGUCUGCAGGAUCUUGCAUCUGCGCUCCUCACAUGUCGCCUUUUCCACACGAGCUUCCAGGAGAAUCCGCACAUCGCGAUUGAUAUAUUGCAGCAACAAAUCGCCCCGGCGCUGCUCCCUUAUGCAGUCGCCGUGAUGGAAGCAUCGCGUAUUGAUACACGGAUGCCUCAGCCGGUCCAGGCACUACUCGAUAAACUGCAAGACGAGAUAUACCUGGAGUCGCAAACGAAGUCGGCCACAAUGACAAGCCAUGCAAGUCUCAACGAAGUAUUGACCGAACUCUACGACGACGACGGAGACGAUGAUGACACUCCACUUCAUGAUUAUGCAGACAAGGAGACAGCUGCUCUGUUUCUACCAUCAGAACCUCGACAUGAUGCCGACAAAGGUCCCUUUGAAGCUUGGUGGAUAGCCAACAAAGAGCUACGUUUCCAUGACACUCUCAUGCAUAGUAACAAUGCUGGGUUUCGAGAAAGGGCGUAUGUGCUCUGGGACAAGGACCGUCUCCAACGAUACACCUUACUGGAGCUAUUUGCCCAACUUGCGCCAGAAUCAGAGCUGGAGCUGCAGAAUUCGGCUCCCGAACAAGCGGCGAUGCGCGAAUCAUUUGAAGCGCGUUCUAAAAUCUGGGAGAAGGGCGGCAGUGGGUAUUGGAGCAAGGGCGAUGAAAGCAGGAUAGUAUGGAAUACAGGGUGA